CUGAUCAGUGAAAUUCCGCCGAUCCGUGUUCCAAAACGUUGAAAUGGCGUCGUCUUAGUGUGCAGUCCCCACCACAUGUUCUCGUUUAUUCACACAAGAUUGUUUUGUUCAGCGAAAUUGAAAUUUCCUGUCAACCGUAUAAAACACCCUAGUCUCGCGCCAAAUUUCUGUUCACAUGUAAUCGCAUAUCUAUUUUUUAAAUGCCGGCAUUGAUAGCCCUGUAAAUACUGUUGUACAUAGGGAAUAAGUGGAAGACCUGUUAAUAGAUAAAUAUUAAGAUGAGCGGCGUUAAAGGGGUUGUAAACCGCAGCGCCAAGACGUCCAGCAAGAAUAAUAGCACAAACACGUCUACACAAAAUGAAAUAAAAGAGGUAGCACCUCAUAAAGUUCAUGAAAAAGAAAAGCUUCAGCCUACAGCAGAACAGCUUAGGAUUGCUAAAAUCAUUGAUUUAAAACCAGAUGAUGAAAUUAUAGAUAAAGUAAAACAGGUAAUGCAAAUAAUACAAAAAAGUGAAGAUGAAAUUGUUAUUGCAUUACAUGAUAAUAGUCUUGAUGUAGCUUUAACUAUAGAUGCUUUAUUGGAAGGACCACAGGAAUCGUGGUCAACAACUGGCAAAAAAAAGAAAAAUCGGGCUAAUAGUGUGAAUAAAAAAGAAAUAAAAAAUGGUGAUGUUGAUGGAGAGGGUGAUUGGGAUGAAAGUGUCACUCCUGCUACAACUCAUUCUGGUCAAAAUGUUGGUGGGUUCAGUGAAAGACGGGGUCGUGGUCGUGGAGGACGAGGAGGAUAUAAUUCAAGAUCCAGACAUAAUGAUGGUCAGAAAUAUGGGGAGUCUCGUAAAUGGCGAGAUCGAGAGAAUAAAGAAAAUGAAAAAAAUGCUGCAGAUGAUAGUAUGGUUGGUGAAAGCCGAAAUUUCCGUUCAGACAGCAGAGGUUCAAGAAGAGGCGUGAAUGGUACACGUUUCAAUGGUCGCUCUAGAGGUACUCGAAUGUUCCAAAAUAGUGAACGUAGUACUUCUGGACCUAGUCCAGGAAAUACUGGUGGUUUUAACCAACCAAUUGAUACUUGGUUUAAUCCUACAACCAAAGAGUCAAAAAAAGAGAACUGGGGAGAUACAUUUCCUUCACCUGAAGACUGGGACAAUGAAGAGUAUACUGGUUCAUUAGCUGAUACCAAAGUGUUUACACCUAGCGGUGGUACUGAAAAUGUUUCUAACCAUGAACCUGAAGCACUUUCAAAACCAAAUGAGGAUUCCUACUUGGAAGUUAGUGAUUGGAAUGAUGCAGUUCAGGCACCAAGUCAACAAAAUGUAGUUAUUAAUAAGACUACAAUUUCUGACAAACAUUCAGUUACUAGUAAAACUCUUACUCCUGAACAAUCUCAGUAUUUAUCAUCACUGACUCAAGAAAGUCAGUUGAAAAAAGUAACUACUCAACCAGUACCAACUGCAUUUAAUUCUCAUCCUCCAGUGGAAUUUGUUUCUUCUCCGUAUGUUGAUAGCUCAAUAGGCCCAGGGAAAAAACCUACUUUACGAGCUCGUAUUCCACCCCCUUCUAAAAUACCUUUAAGUGCUGUAGAAAUGCCACCAGAUGAUUCUAGUGCAAAUAUUAACUUCUUGGAUGUUUCUUUUGGUGCUGUUGAAAUAUCUAAUGAUACACAUCUAGGAGAUAAUUCAACAGUAAUGGACCAAAAUUCCAUGCCUGUUAAGUAUGAAGAACCAAGUGAUCAGCAAGUUGAUUCAGUAUUAGGGUCAACUGAAUAUUCAUCACUUUCUAACCAAAGUGUAAACCAAAAUCAACGACCUUCACAAGUUAACCAAGCAUCUCAACCUUCAACCAAGAUUGGACCUCCUCCAGGAGUGCCUCCUCCUGCUGAUUAUUUAUCAAAACAAAAUGCAGCUGGUAGUCCCUAUCAACAUGUUAAUUCUGGUCAGCCUACAUCUCUUUACAACUCAGUUUAUUCAAAUACCCCACAAGGUAUUACCAGCCACACAAGUUUAUAUGGAACAGCUUCAUCUAAUAUUAGUGUUAAUAACACUAACCCCCACAUUCCUCAGUUGUCACAAUCAAAUCAUUCAAUUUUGAAUGCCAAUUAUCCCCAAACAGCUGCACAACCUCAAUUUCCAUCUUAUUCGUAUCCAAAUCCUGCUCAUUCGUACCAGGCAUCUGGAAUUUCAUACCCUCCUUUAGUUUCUGCUGCAAAUUUAGCAUCAAUGUAUACACCUUCUACCUAUUCAAAUUACAUCCAUCAAAACUUGCACCAGACUGGUAGCACAAAUAAUUUAUCUAAAUCAACUGCUGCUUUAACAUCAACAACUAAUUCUACCACAAAGGAUAGCCUGUAUGAACAAUCACAAACAUCAAGUAACUCACUUACAUCAAGUGCUAGUAAUUCAACUGGAAAUAAUAUUAGUGGCACAUCAUCAAGUAUAGGACUGACACAAAAUACACUGUUAACUUCUAAAACAACAACUCCAACAACUAAUAAAAGUGGCGUAUUAUCUAGUAUGCCACCUGGUGUUGCACCACUAGUUGGUGCUCAAUACAUAUUGAGUCAGCAGGGUAUACCUGGAUAUUACCAAUCGCAUCCAGUUAUGUAUAGUGAUGAACACUUACAAAUGGUGCAAUCAAGGUUACCUCAUCAUAUGACAACUAAUUUCUAUUCUCCUGACCCUAUGUAUCCCACAGUUUCAACUAGUCUUAGCGGAAGAGAAAAUGCUGGUGCUGGUAUUACAAAUGUAGCUGGAUAUUCAUCUCUUACAGAUUCUAGGUUUACUCGUACAGAUAAUAAUGCUUCACCAGUUCCAUCCACACUUUCACAACAGUCUGGAACAUUGGCACACCAGCAAACAUUGUUAAACCCUACCAUUACUCCAAGUUAUACGUAUUAUUAUGGUCAGUCUGUGAUACCAGCAAAUCCUUUCCAAUAUGGUACUAUGUACCCGAUGGCGCCAGCAGCAAAUGCAACCAGUCAUGGCACGGGACCUAAUAACACAAUGUCUGGAUAUAACAAAACUGCGGCUGCACCUGCUGCCUACAAUAAUGUGUAUGAGACACUGGGUUCAUCAUCUGUUUCUGGUGGCUCAAGUACAGAUUAUGGAAGUUCAAGCAAAGUAGGUGUAUCUGGACAGCAAACAUCGCAAUCUCAGGGCAAAAAUAACUCAUCUGAUCUCGCUGCUAUGUAUAGUAACAAAUCAUCAAUAAACAAAGUAAGUCCUUAUGACAAACAACAGCAGUCUUUUCAAUCACCUCCUCCAUUUUCUGUUAAUUUAAAUAAUGGCGGAGUUGGUGGUCACCACAGUGGUGGUAAUUAUGCUCCAGUAUUUAUCUCUCCAUUGCCUCCUGGAAAUCCUCAGCCACACCAUAUAGCACCAUUACAUCAUCAGAUUGAUAUGAGGGUUCAAAAUAGACAAGGGCAAGAACUAAGUAAUGGAACCACCAACAAUAUAAACCGUAAUCAGACUGCUACUAAUAAGGUAAACGUAAAGCAAACAUAUGGUCAAAGCACUACUCCUUAUUGGAGCACAAACUGAAUUAUUAUUCUUAUUUUGUCUGUAAAAACAUUCUUAUGGCCAAUCAGAAGUCAAUGAACAUAAUCCCUAUUAAGUUAUUCUAGGUAAAUGAUCCAUCACGAGAUGUUUUAUUUUUCCUUUCAACUGCAUUAUCUUUUUGUUUUUCAAUAGUUCUCAAAUAUUAUAUUUCCUAAAUAAUGUUUCAACUGUUCAUUAGCUAGAAUGUAAUAAUUUAUUUUUUGAAUUAAAUAUCAUAUAUAUAUACAUAUAUAUAUAAUUUUUUUUUUGUAAUAUUGUUUAUUUUAUACAACAUGGAAAUUGUAUUAUAUGCUCCCCUCCCCACCUAAAGUAAUUUUUUUACAUUUUUUUAUGUUUAAUUCAUCAACAAUGUAAUAUUAUAUGGGAAAAUGAUUAUGUUUUUAAUAUGAUUAUUUACAUCUUUAUAUCUUCUUUUAAAUGUAACCUAUGGGUGAAAUAUAAUCUGUCUAUAUGUAGUUAGUAACUUCAAUAAAAGAAAAAAAUUAUCAUAAUA